AUGGAAAGUAACGAUGAAGGCAAUAAUCAGAACGUCUCCUUAAAGUUAAUAGCGGAGUAUCGGUCGGAUUCUGAAUCUGAAUGUACGCCACCGCUCGAUAACCCUGGAGAACUUGAUGGUGAUUCCGACUCUGUGGAACUUAGCGAAAUGGUGUUAAAGAAUAACAUCAUUAACGCUUGUGCUCAUGGGCCCUUGUCAGGGGGCGACGCAGAUGAAGAUGUCACCACGCAUAUGAUAAUAGAUAGCUCUGAGAAUGGUGUUUCAGAAUAUGAUGUAACGAUGUACCGAGUAGACGAUGAGGACAGUGAUGAUUCAGAAACUGACAGUUCUGAGGAGUCUAGCGAUAAUGAUGUGGACUCUGUUAAGGAUGUCGAAGAAAUAUCUAGCAGCGAUGAGACUACACCAAACCAUCCAGAGAAAUUGGCCCCGCCUAAAGUGCAUGGAGAGUUGAGUCUCGAUGACUUGCCCCCAAUAGAAGAUUUAACAAUCAGCUUGCCACCACAGGAAACUACCAAGAUUGGAAAAGUUUUCAGUAUAGUAGAUAGAUUAGUCGUUGUUCAAGCAUUUCCUGAGACAGCUGCAGUGGAUUUAGACACUGUUCUGUUCCUAAAUAAUGGUGCUAAGACUUUGGGGAAGGUGUUCGAUGUUUUCGGGCCUGUAACAGAACCGCACUACUGUGUAAGGUUUAAUUCGGCGGCACAUAUUGUAGAACGUGGCGUCGAAGUCGGUAUGGAAGUGUUUAUUGCCCCGAGGACCCCACACACAAGUUAUGUUUUUCUUACAGAAUUAAUUAAAGCAAAAGGCUGCGACGCCUCGUGGUUAAACGACUUGGAACCGCCGGCGAGCCAAGUUGAAUUUUCCGACGACGAGGAAGAGCGAAAAGCGAAAAAAGAAAAGAAACAAAACAGACAAGAGAAACAUGAAAACGCGGAGAGUGGAGAAACUUCAAAAAAUUCACGAAAAAUGCUCGAAGCUAGAAGGAACCGACCUACACAAUCCACGAGUAGAUUCGGAACCGGUCCGAACAGAGGUUACAACGCUGACAACAGGUGGCCGAACCCUUUCAUGCCCUUCCACGAGUUCCACGGAAGAAUUCCUCCGCCGCACCCCACUGCUGAAAUGGGACCGCUUACCGCUCCUCCGGCACUAGCGUUCCCAAUGUUCGUGCGGCCCAGAAUGAAUUUUGGAAGGAACCCUUUACUCCGCCCACCGAACGUGCCUCCCUUUACACAAAAUAGGCCAGUGUUCGGGUCCAAUUAUUGCAACAUGGCUGGAAACCAGCCUCGGUGGUCGAACAGGCCCCCUCCUCCACCGGGCACUUAA